GCCUGCAGCUUAUUAUACAGUUAUUCGAAAAGUGAUGGGUUGUCAGCAAGCACCUAAGCUCGAUCGAUUCUGUCCAUCUUUUCAUUUUCUAGUUCUAGUUUUUUUCAUUCAAUGGUGCUUUGUGUCUAGUCUUUAUCACCCCCUAGACCCUCUCAGCCCUGUAGAAAUAGACCAAAUAAGGACCAUAAUUCAAAAGUCUAACCUUGGCUCUCUUCCUAAUCUAACCUAUCAUUCUGCUGAUCUUGAGGAGCCAGAAAAAGAAGAUGUCCUCAGGUGGCUUUCUUCAAGUAGAGAAAGCAGCAGGCCUAGUCGUCGAGCCAAGGUGGUGGUUCGAGCCGGGGGUGAGACUCGUGAGCUCAUUUUAGACUUGACCAUUGGCUCAAUCGCAUCGGACCAGGUCUACACCGGUCAUGGCUACCCUCCUCUCACCUUUCCUGAACUUUUCCAGGCUAGCAAACUGCCUUUACAGUAUCCCAAAUUCAAGGAGUCACUUCUCAGAAGGGGCUUGAAUGUGUCUGAAGUUUCUUGCGUGCCCUUUACAGUAGGUUGGUAUGGGGAAAGUGUGACAAAAAGAUCUCUUAGAGUUGCAUGCUUUUAUCGUGAAGGGUCGGUUAAUGUCUUUGUAAGGCCCAUUGAGGGCAUAACUUUGCUAGUUGAUGUUGAUGCCAUGAAAAUUACAAUGUACACCGAUAGAUUUACAGCACCCGUGCCUAAAGCAGAGGGCACCGACUUUCAAUCACCAAUGGGGAAGCCUAAUUCGAGUACUUUUAACGUAACAAAAGCUGGGUUCACCAUUGAUAACCACGAGGUUAGAUGGGCUAAUUGGAUUUUCCAUGUAGGAUUCGAUGCUCGGGCAGGAGUUACUAUAUCAACAGCUUCAAUAUUUGACGCCACGCAAAAGAAGUUUCGGCGCGUGCUAUACAGAGGACAUGUGUCUGAGACAUUUGUGCCGUAUAUGGAUCCUACGGUUGAAUGGUAUUUUAGGACUUUCAUGGACAUUGGUGAAUUUGGGUUUGGGCGAUCAGCUGAUACCUUGCAGCCGUUGAUUGAUUGCCCAGAAAACGCUGCAUAUAUGGAUGGGCAUAUGGCUGGGCCGGACGGGCAGGCACAAAACGUAUCGAGGGCUAUUUGCAUUUUUGAGCGACAUGGUGGAAAUGUUGCUUGGAGACAUACUGAAAUCAAUGUUCCAGGAAAACUGAUAAGAGGUGGGGAGCCGGAAACUACUUUGGUGGUUAGAAUGAUAGCCACCGUGGGUAACUAUGAUUAUAUUCUUGAUUGGGAAUUCAAAAAAAGUGGCAGCAUCAAAGUUGGGGUGGAUUUGACAGGUAUUCCGGAGAUGAAGGGCACGGCAUACACAAAUACCGGUCAAAUAACGGAAAAUGUGUACGGCACCUUAGUAUCGGAAAACACCGUGGCCGUCAACCAUGAUCACUUCCUCACAUACUAUCUAGACCUUGAUGUUGACGGUGACGGCAACUCCUUCGUCAAAGCGAAGUUACAAACGGCAAGAGUAGCGCAGUCAAACGCCAGCUCACCAAGAAAAAGUUACUGGACGGUGGUUGCUGAAACGGCGAAAACUGAAGCGGAGGCUAGGGUCCAGCUCGGAUUGGAGCCAGCUGAGCUGGUAGUAGUGAAUCCCAACAAAAAGACAAGGCUUGGGAAUAACGUGGGUUACGUGCUGAUUAGUGGGAAGCCGGUUAAUUCUCUUUUAGCAGAUGAUGAUUACCCGCAGAUUAGAGCUGCUUAUACGAAGUAUCAAGUGUGGGUGACCGCCUAUAACAAGUCAGAGAGGUGGGCUGGAGGGUUCUACACGGAAGGGAGCCGAGGUGAUGAUGGUUUAGCCGUUUGGAGCCAGAGGAAUAGAGCAAUUGAAAACAAAGAUAUCGUUUUGUGGUACACAGUGGGGUUCCAUCACGCUCCAUGCCAAGAAGAUUUCCCUGUGAUGCCGACACUUCAUGGUGGAUUCGAGCUCCGGCCAGCAAAUUAUUUUGAAAGCAACCCUUUACUUAAACAGAAGUGAUGUACGUAGAACAUGCUAGUUAAUAUAACCAAGCCCAGUGGAAUUUCAUUCCUUGUUAA